AUGAUAGAAGGGAGCAUCUAUCUAUCUAUCUAUCUAAUCUCGGUCUGUUCAUAUCGAUUUAAUCCCGGCCUGUUCAUAUCUAUCUAUCUAUCUAUCUAUCUAUCUAUCUAUCUAUCUAUCUAUCACCCUGCAUUUCAAACUGGAAGGUCGAUUAUUAUGGAUAUGAUAACAUUUAAAUCGAAAUCCGGCAUCACUACCUUUUACCGAUAUUCGUCACAUAAAGGGAAGGACAACGCCGUCGCAUUAUUAUCGCGAGCGGAAAUUCAAUCUAGACCGGCGUCUGUUGCCGACCCCACGCUGCAAGACGUCGCCGAAUACUUCUUUAAAUUCGAUAAAUCUUCAUACGACACCUGUGCUGAAAAAGCCCCUGUUUCGGAGACAGGUAUUCCAACAUUUCCACGGGCUGUCCUUUUCAUUCUUCGACGCACCGACAAGCACCUUACGAUCAAGCGCGCUAACUCGACCGACACCAUCGCAAUCGAUCGGACCAAGCCUGCUUUUCUGGAGAAGCGACAGUAUGACGCAAACCCGGCUCUGCGGCCCCUAAUGCUAUUCCAGCGCACCCAUCAGACGCAGCACCGCAGACAUCAAACGACACCCCAGCGACUAGACCCGAUCCGGUAG